AUGGCAUGGCAACAGGCCUUGCCGAAUCCGAUACCGCAGUUUGACUGUCAACUCCAGAUCGCCCAGGAUGCGGCGCCCAGCCCCCCCAGGACUCGCAAGCGGGGAAAUCGCAAUGGACCAGUGACGUGGGGCCAAAUAAAAUCACUCUCAUUUCAAGCUGAACAGCUUAGAAAGGAAAAACAGCUAGAAGCAACCCCUGAUAAUUUGCUUCUGUGCCUCAUUUCCUGCCUUAAUAUAAAUUCCAUGAUAGUGCUCAUUUUCAGCGUUUUGUUUUUGCCCCUCUCUGCUUCCGCUCUUAAUAGCGGUGGUUCCACACCAAUAAAUGUGUGGGAAUCUUUUGCAAAAACCCUCAAUGUUUCUUCCUUUUGUCUAACCCAGCAGGUAUCGAUAGGUGAAAUCCUUGGCUCUUGCCUUAUCCCUGUUUGCCAUGACCCUUUUGACAUACAAAAUGAUACCUGGUUUUAUUCAUCCCUACCCCAAAAUGAUUCUCUCCGCACCCUUGGUUAUUCCGGUUACCAUACCUGGGGUACCCAAGUGCACCGGCGCCCACCUCUGGCCAUUGAUUUGUUGACCCCAUACGUGGCUUCCUUUAAUGUCACUUGCGCCCGUAUGGUCAGUUGCACAAUAACCAACUGUGUGAAAAUGGGCAAGGAUAAUUUUAACUGCUCUAAUUAUGUAAAUAUUUCUUAUGUAUAUAAAUAUACAGAGCUGCCUGAAGGCUGGUUCUGGUCGUGCCCAGGCUAUACAUUCAAUUAUAUUCCAGCAAACAUCAGCCAUGGCACACCCUGCUGCUUAAGCCGUUUGUCCAUCAUUUUACCCAAAAAGCAUCAUUUGUCCUGCUCUCGAUAUCGCCGCUCUGUGGAAUUGACUAAUGAUUGUGAUGAUUCUGUCUCUCUUCCCAGUAGAUCUGAAUAUAUUUCCUUAGCUGUUUCUCUCUUAGGAGUCCCUGGAUUGGCUGUACGGAACAGUAUGAACAUUAACUCUUUAGCUUGUUCCGCAGCAAAAGCUCUGAAUUUUACUUCACAAGCUCUUCACCUUUUGAAUAAAGAACAGAGUGAACUUCACCAUGGACUUUUACAAAACCGUGCUGCUAUUGACUAUUUGCUCAUGCUUCAUCAUUAUGGCUGUGAACAAGUGAAUGACAUGUGUUGCUUCAAUAUUACUGAUAAUUCUAAAGCCAUUCAAAAGCAAAUCUCUCAUUUGCAAAAUCUUACACACCACAUUAAACAGGACGUUGGAUUUUCUGGCCUCUGGGAUUCGUUCGCCCAGUGGCUCACUGGCUGGUUGCCACACCUGAAUUGGCUUCGUAAUCUUUUUCAGUAUGCUAUUGUCAUAAUAUGUAUAUUAAUUUUGCUAUGCUGCUUCAUCCAAUGCAUUCCUGGUCUCAUGCGUCUUUGGUCUCAGUUUCUUUCUCCUCCUCAGCCACCUAAUAAAAUCAUUGCUGCCUACUUUGCGAAGUGGCAACACCAACAGUAA